AUGGGUGUACCUUGUCACCCCCACCUGUUACAAUGCCAAGGUUUGCUUCCGUGAGCAAGAGAGCCAGUAGUACCAUGAACUCGGCGGCAGGUGCAAUGCCACUAGCACCCGACAUCAAGAAGACAGGUCUCGGCUCCUCUGCAGCAAUGGUAACAGCAGUAGUCACGAGCAUCCUGCAGCUGCUAAACGCUGUUGAUUUGUCAGUGAACAAGGUCGCAGCCCCUGGGGAGGGAAGGCAUGCAGUAAAAGGGGAACAGGAAGGGAGUCACACAUUCACACCUAUUGUGGCAAACACAUCACAACGACAAGGAUGCAACAAAGAACCAGCAGCUGAAAGCUAUCUUGAACUCCAUGACACCCAAGACUUGUGCAUGGAUAAAGACAAUGAACAGCUGGAUCUGAUUCACAAGAUAGCUCAGGCGGCCCAUUGUGCAGCUCAGGGCAAGGUCGGGAGUGGAUUUGACGUCAGUGCUGCAGUCUUUGGUAGUCAGAGGUACAUAAGGUUCUCUCCGUCAGCCCUGGCCUCUCUUUCUGCACGGGUGAGCUCUCAAAGCACUAGCCCCUACACCCAGGAGCAGCAAGAGAAGAUGGCCGCCCUAGUGAGAGAAAAUAAGGAGAGAAAAGAGCUCCUGAAGCAGACGAAGCUAAAAGCUAUCGCAGAGGAGCAGGCGGCAAAGAUGAAGGAAUUGGAGGAGGAGAUGGAGAAGAAGAAGAAGGCUGCUGAAGAAGAAGCGGCAGCAGAGGCAGAGGAGGAGAGGACACGUAAAGAGGAAAAGGCGGAGAGUAGUGGCACGGCGAAUGAGGACGCCGCGAUGGAGAAGAAAAUCAGCGAGGGGAUUGCUAAUUUAUCGUUGGGGGAAGAUGAGGAGGCAGAGUUCUAUGUGCCCCAGGACGAGAGGGAUGCGUUAGCCCAGGAGCUAGCAACAAUGGAGGACCCCCUGGAAAGACAAGAAAGAGAGGAGGAGAAGAAGUUGGAGUGGAAAUUGAGAAUGAAGAGGGAAAAGAAAAGGAGGGAUGAAGUUAAUAGGUUGACCGUAGAGGUGGCGAAGGUGAAAGAUUGUAGGCAGGAGGUGCAGGCUCAGGCAGACGCCUCAGCCAAAAUGGAUAAGGUGUUGGGGUACUUGGAGGUGUUGAGCAUAGCUUGGAUGGAGGAACGCCAAGCCAAUAGAGCUCAGGAGGUAGCCUUGAAGGCCAUGCGGUCCGGUUUUCGGGAUAUUGCGCACGAGAUGGUUACCCACGUUGGAGGGGAAGUCAAGCGGUUGAGAGACAACGUGGGGAAGUACUGCGAGGGGGCCAUCGAAGGUGCCAAAGCAAUAGCCGCUGUAGAGGGUGAGGCCAGGCCUCGUAAGGAGCCUGUUAAGCUUAAGUUCCCAGAUGCGUAUGGAGGGAAGAAGGAAGAAAAUUUUGAUAACUGGGAGGCUAGUGUGAAUAGCUACGUGUAUCUACAGCACAUUCUGACUGAGGAGCAAGUCCUCGUGGCCUUCCACGCCCUUAAGGAUGAGGCGGCUAGUUUUGCCAGGUCCCUCGCGCGUGCAGCCGGUUGUGAAAACGACCUGGUUGCAUACUCUAAAAUCACCCCCCUUCCUCAAUUCUUCAAGCUCCUGAGGGAGCGAUUUGCCGAUCCAACGAGAGGCGUCAGGGCCUCUGACAAGUUGCAGACGAUCCACUCGCGACAGUGGAGGAGUGCAAGAGCACUCAAGGGCGUCAUGGACGACUUAGUAGCCGUCCUAGACCAUGUGGUCACUGAGAAUCAAUUGGUCCAGUUGUUUUAUCGUGCCAUGCCAGAGCCCCUGCGUGGGCACUUCUUUGACAAGUCUCAACAGGCCGGCAUCACGUAUGAUGUGUUGAGUAGGGAAGUCGUCCUGUUUGAGUCAAAGUCCAUGCCAGUGUCCACUUUCAGGCAUAAGGACCUGGACAAAGGGAAGAAGUGGAAAGGUCGUACCAUCUCAGGCCAAGUGAGGGCCAAGGAUCAUAUGGUCCCAUAUAGUCAGAUUGAGUGGGGCCUUGAGGAAGAGGACAAUAGCGUGGGACAAGGGAGGUCCUAUGCUGCUGUCGCGGCUGGAGGGAGGCCGCAAAGUAGAGGAGCAGGCCAGGCCCAAAGGGGCCAGGCCAUGGGAGGGCGAGGACCGGGCGCACAGGGGGUAGGCGGACAAGGGAACCGCCAAGUGGGAGGUAGGGGUCAAGGUCCCCCGCCUUGUCGGUCCCCACAGCGACGAGGUGGAAGGCCACCUCAAGGAGGAUGGCACCCAGGCUUGCCACAGGGCAGGCCCUGGGAGGAUUUCGGCUUGGACCAACGAGUAUGGCAGGAACGCGUGGACCUGGAUAACACCUCGGCACAUUGCUGUCUCAGUGCUUCCGCGUUCGCGCGACUAGUGAAAAAGGAGCAAUUAGAGGACCAGGUUUUUGUAGUUUAUGUCAGACCUGCCACUGAGGCUAAGGAAGAGGUAAGUUCGACAGAUCCAACCAUUGCCAAGCUGCUGGAGGAGUUUAAAGACUUGACUGAGUCGCCGACAGGAGUAGUGUCGCGACCCAUCCAGCACAGGAUAGAGAUAGAGCCUGGCAGUAGAACUCCUAAGGGAGCCGUCUACAGGAUGUCCCCCAGAGAGUUAGAGGAGCUGCGCAAGCAGUUAGACGAGCUCCUUGAGAAGGGUUGGAUCAGGCCCAGUUCGUCUCCUUUUGGAGCACUUGUUCUGUUUGUCCCCAAGAAGGAAGGAGAGCUUCGUAUGUGUAUAGACUACAGGGGUUUGAAUGCGAUUAGUGUGAAGAAUGCUGAACCACUGCCCAGGAUAGAUGAUCUCUUAGAUCGGGUGCAGGGUUGCAAGUAUUUCUCUAAGAUAGACCUGAAGUCCGGAUACCAUCAGAUAGAGGUACAUCCCGAUGACCAGUACAAGACUGCGUUCUGGACUAGAUAUGGGCAUUAUGAGUUUAUAGUGAUGCGCUUUGGACUGACCAACGCGCCAGCUACUUUUCAGCGUUGUAUGAACGAUCUGUUUAGACCUUGGUUAGACAAGUUUGUAGAAGUCUAUUUAGAUGACAUAUUAGUGUUCAGCAAGACCCUCCAAGAGCAUCAGGGUCAUUUAAGACAGGUCUUGGAGAAGCUAAGAGAGGCUAGCUUCAAGAUCAACCCGAAGAAGUGCGAGUGGGCCAAGACACAAGUCUUGUACUUGGGCCACGUAUUAGACGGGGAUGGCAUUAAGCCAGAGGACAGCAAGAUAGCGACAAUUCGAGACUGGUCGUCGCCCCGCACGUUGACAGAUUUGCGGUCGUUUUUAGGCCUAGCCAACUACUCUAGGAAGCUCGUGAGAAACUUCUCUACCAUCGCCGCUCCCAUGCGCAGGUUGCUAAAGAAAGAGACAAUCUGGCAAUGGGAUAAAGACUGUACGUCUGUGCUAAAGAGAUUAAAGCGCGCGUUAAUAGAGUAUCCUGUCCUCAAAGUAGUUGAUCCGUCCUUGCCAUUUGUCGUCACCACGGACGCGAGUCAGUAUGGUAUAGGUGCCGUGUUGCAGCAAGACAACGGCAAUGGCUAUAGACCUGUAGAGUUCAUGCCAGCGAGGAUGCCCUCAGAGAAAGUAGCCACCUCGACGUACGAGAGAGAACUCUACGCUCUCAUGCAGGCUCUAGAGCACUGGAAGCAUUACCUGCUUGGGAGGCACUUCAAAGUGUACUCAGACCACGAAACGCUUAGAUGGUUAAAGACCGAGGCCAAAAUGACACCUAAGUUAACUAGGUGGGCCGCUGAAAUAGACCAGUAUGACUUUGAGCUCAAACCGGUCAAAGGCAAGUACAACGUAGUUGCGGAUGCUCUGAGUAGGAGAUCAGACUACUUUGGAGUCAUAGUUCACUAUCUAGAUAUAGGGAAAGACCUGCAAGAGAAAGUUAGGCAGGCGUAUGCGCAUGACCCUAUCUACAACGACCUCCUCAAGAGAGUCAAGGAGGCCCCAGAGACCGAACCAGACUACCGCACUACAGAAGGACUGUUGUUUGAGAAGACUAAUGUAGUAGAGCUCCUGUGCGUCCCCAACAGCGAAGAGAUCCGUAGUCUGAUCCUAGGGGAAUGCCACGACACAGAGGGACAUUUCGGUUGGCAGAAGACUUUAGCCAAUCUGAUGCACGCGUACACUUGGCCAGGAAUGAAAGCUGACUGCAUAGACAAGAUGAUGGCAAUGGAUAUAGGGCCUGUAGAGUUCAUGUCUGUCAGGAUGCCUUCAGAAAAGAUAGCGACAUCAACCUAUGAGAAGGAACUCUACGCUCUCAGGCAAGCACUAGAUCAUUGGAAACACUACUUGCUUGGGAGGCACCUCAAAGUCUAUUUAGACCACGAGACUCUACGGUGGCUGAAGACACAGGCCAAGAUGACACCUAAGCUUACUAGGUGGGCUGCAGAGUUAGAUCAGUAUGACUUUGAACUUAAGCUAGUCAGAGGGAAGUACAAUGUGGUGGCAGACGUUCUGAGUAGGAGAGCUGAUUACUUUGGGGCGAUAGUUCACUAUCUGGAUAUAGGUAGAGACCCGCAGCAAAAAGUUAGAGAAGCGUAUGCACAGGGCCCUAUCUAUAGUGGCCUCCUCAAGAGAGUUAGGGAGUCCCCAGAGUCCGAACCAGACUACCGCACUACUGAUGGGUUACUGUUUGAGAAGACUAAUGUAGCUGACCGUCUGUGCAUUCCUAACAGUGAAGAGAUCCGUAGUUUGAUCUUAGGGGAAUGCCACGACAUAGAGGGACAUUUUGGUUGGCAAAAGACACUAGCCAAUCUCAUGCGAGCGUACAUCUGGCCCGGGAUGAAGGCCGAUUGCAUAGAGUACCUCGAAGACGAAGCUGGAGCUAUGGUGCUGCAGGUACUCGGACAGUUGCAGUACGUCAGUUGGUUACAGAGCAACGUGAGCCUCCAGGCUCUUCCAGAAGCAAAAAGGCUGCACUGUACAGUUGAGCCCAGGGCUCAGGUUGUGCAGCAAGAGAUGUUAGCUACACUGAUAGCGGGUGAGAAUCAGAUUUUGACCACACUGUCGGCGCCACAACCUCAUGUCAGGCAGCCACAAUAUGUGGUAGCUCCCCAUCCGGUUGCAGGUCCCACUGUGACACCACAGCCGUUAGGGCAACCCUUUUCUCCUCAGUUCGGCAUGCCCCUAUCAAGUGGUCUAGUAGUAGGUCCACAAGCAUUGGACAAGAGAGACAAGGUAGUGGAGAGGACAGAUGGGACAAGGCUAGGCGAAGGCGAUGUGGUAUUUGUCGGGUGGAGUCUCGGGGUGAGUGGGGGAGUUCUUGAUGGAGGGGGUGUCAGCGGUGUCACGAGGGAAAUGUUGGGACAGUACGGUGCCAAUGGCGAAGUCAGAGGCGUCAGUGGUGACAUAAAAGUGGCGAGUGGGGUCGACGAUCUUGAGGAUAGGGGCCGUGGUGAUGGUUUGCUUGAGCCGAGGAAGGAACGGAGUUGGAGGAGGGUCUUGGGCGGCUGGUACUCGACAAGGGCUAUGACCUUCGAGGGAUCCAUACGGAAUGUGGCCGAGGUAUUCGACGCUCGAAGCGGCAAACGUCCAUUUGCUGAGCUUGGCGUAGAAUUUCUGCUCUCGGAGGAUCGAGAGGACUUGGCGAAUAUGCUUGAGGUGGGACUCGAAGGUGGGGCUAAAGAUGAGGAUAUCAUCAAGGUACACGACGACACAGACUUCGAGGAGGUCACGAAAGAUGUGAUUCAUGGUGGACUCGGAUGUGGCGGGGGCAUUGGUGAGUCCGGAAGGCAUUACGAGGAACUCAUAGUGCCCGAACCGAGAGCGGAAUGCUGUCUUAUGGGUGUCCUCCUCGCGGAUACGGAUCUGGUGGAAGCCAUUACGAAGGUCAAUCUUGGUGAAAUAUUUGGCUCCACGAAGUCGGUCAAGGAGCUCGGAGAUCCGAGUCUUGUAGGGGGAGAGGAUGCGGUCGAGUUGGAGGGUACGAGUGAGGAGGUCGGCGAGGGUCAUGGGGGCCUCGUGGACAAGGGCGGCCGCCAGGUCUUUGCCGCAAACACGCUUAACGCGGGAGAUGAAAGCGAAAUCGUUGAUGACGUCAAAGGGGAUAUGUUGACGAAGCGAGCGGACGUACUGCACAAAACGUUGGGGAUGGUUGAGGUAAUAGUGGAGGUGGAUAUGAGCGGUUUUGAUUGGGGAGGGACGAUUGAUGACUGUGUGACAGCAGAGGUUGUCGUCUUGGGCGAGGGGGGAGGUGGAGCGACCAUGGUGGAGAUAGUGGUGGAUGAGGAUGGGGGUGUACAGGUGGACGGUGUUGGUGUGGAGGUUGAAGCAGAGGCUUGUCCGGAGGAGGGGGUGGGUUGGGGUGUGGAGGGGUGUGUGGUGGUGGUGACGAUCGUGAUGGGGGGGGUGGUCCCUUCGAGCGUGGUGACGCGGUCGGAUAUGGACAACACGGUGGCCUUUAUGUCGUCCAAAGAGGUUUGGAAGGUGUUGAGUGCGUGGAGGAUGGCGGAGAGGUCGGAGGUGGCGGUGUUUGCUGGUGGUUGUUCGCCUGCGAGGUUGCGGGCGAUGCUAUCGACCGAGUCGGUGCGGAUGUCAGACAUGUUGAUGGAGGAUGCAACCAUGUCAGGGGAAGAGGGGGUGGAGGACGCGGCCGGAACGGAUGUGGAGGAUGCAGCAGCAGCGGUGGCGGCGGCAGCGGCGCGUUGGGAGUUCUUGGUGUUGCGUGGUGGCAUGUGGAGAUUCGGGGGAGGGGGAGGGACAGCGGAACCCCGUGAUCACUAAUCCAAUGAUAAAAAAACUUCUGAAUGACUAACUCCGUACGUGCCUCUGCAGGCAAAGGAACAAAAACUGCAUAUUUAC